GAAUCAACCUUUUUUUUCUAAAUUGAAUCGUUCUGUUCAUUUCCACGGCACCAUUUUUCCCUUACAGUUUUCUCUCUUUGCAAUUCGUCUAUCUCCUUUAUUUCUCUCUCUGUGAUUACUGAUUGUUAUUCGAUUUUUUUUUUUUAUUUGUUUUUAAGUAUCUCAAAUAUUCAUUUGCUUGUAAAUAUAGAUAUUAAUUGUUUUUUCUUUUUUUCUUUUUCAAUUUUUAUUUCAUCAAUAUUUUAUCUGAUUUUUGAUACUAUGAAUACGCUUGGUUUCCUCAGCAAUUCCACCAUGAAACCAUCUUGUAGAUUCCUUAUUGCUCGAAAAAGUUCGUUUCUAUUUGGUUCUGCGGAAAAGCUCCAUACUUUAACCAACAAUAUUUCUAGGAAUCAUUUCUUUAGUUUUGAGCAUAACAAACGAUUUUCUACUUACCCUUUUCGAAUUUUGGGAUCUAGAAGCAUUAUUAAGAGUAGCCCGAAAUCUUUUUGUAUAGCCAAUAUCAAUUUAGGCCAAUCUAGGCUUAUAUCGGGUUCUCCUUCUGGACCUUGUAGAACAAUUAGAGGUAGGGAUUUAUCUUUUAUCGCUAGUUUUGCGUCAGAAGUUAGAGAUUAUUCAACUUCUAUUGAAACUAGAAUUAACGAUAAGAAUUUUGAGAGGAUUUAUGUGCAAAAUGGGAUUGGUGUUGGUGUGAAGCCUUUGGCGGUUGAGAAGAUUGAUAAGGAUGAGAAUGUUGUAGGAGAAGAAGCUUCUAGGAUAGGAAUUGCUGUUCCUGAUGAUGUUGAAAGCCCUAUAAAUAGAGAGGAUUUGGAAGGUGUUAAGGGAGUGGAUAUUGUUAGUCCGAGGAGAGAGGAGUCGAAUAUUGAAAAAGAGGCAUGGAAGUUAUUGAAUGAUGCAGUUGUGAGGUAUUGUGGAAGUCCUGUAGGAACAGUAGCUGCAAAUGAUCCAGGGGAUAAGCAGCCAUUGAAUUAUGAUCAGGUGUUCAUCCGUGAUUUUGUGCCUUCAGCUCUUGCAUUUUUGCUUAGAGGAGAAGGAGAGAUUGUCAGGAAUUUUCUGCUUCAUACUUUGCAAUUGCAGAGUUGGGAGAAAACUGUGGACUGUUAUAGUCCAGGGCAAGGUUUGAUGCCUGCUAGUUUUAAAGUCAGAACUGUGCCUCUUGAUGAAAAUAAAUCUGAAGAAAUUCUAGAUCCAGAUUUUGGUGAAUCAGCUAUUGGCCGUGUUGCACCUGUGGACUCCGGGUUGUGGUGGAUCAUUUUGUUGAGGGCAUAUGGAAAAAUCACUUGUGAUUACACAUUGCAAGAAAGGGUGGAUGUUCAGACAGGCAUAAAGCUGAUUUUAAACUUGUGCCUAGCUGAUGGGUUUGAUAUGUUUCCUUCUCUUUUAGUCACUGAUGGUUCUUGCAUGAUAGAUCGUCGGAUGGGUAUUCAUGGUCACCCCCUUGAGAUUCAAGCGUUAUUUUACUCUGCUUUGCGGUGCUCUCGGGAGAUGCUGACUGUAAAUGAUGGAUCCAAGAAUUUGGUGAGGGCCAUCAACAACAGACUCAGUGCACUGUCAUUCCAUAUUAGAGAAUACUACUGGGUAGAUAUAAAAAAGAUCAAUGAGAUAUAUCGAUAUAAAACAGAAGAGUAUUCCAUGGAUGCCACCAACAAAUUCAAUAUCUACCCUGAACAAAUUCCUGCCUGGCUCAUGGAUUGGAUACCAGAGGAAGGUGGCUAUCUUAUUGGGAAUCUGCAGCCUGCUCACAUGGAUUUUAGAUUCUUCACUCUUGGAAAUCUUUGGUCAGUUGUUUCAUCUUUGGGUACCCCAAAACAAAAUGAAGCUAUUCUGAACUUGAUUGAAGCCAAAUGGGAUGAUCUUGUUGGAUGUAUGCCUCUUAAAAUAUGUUAUCCUGCACUGGAGCAUGAGGAUUGGCGUAUUAUUACUGGCAGUGACCCAAAAAAUACCCCUUGGUCGUAUCAUAAUGGUGGAUCCUGGCCAACACUUCUUUGGCAGUUCACAUUGGCAUGCAUCAAGAUGGGCAGAUUAGAACUUGCACACAGGGCAGUUGCUAUGGCUGAAAAGCGGCUAUCAGUUGAUCGUUGGCCUGAGUAUUAUGAUACGCGUACAGGAAAGUUCAUUGGGAAGCAAUCCCGACUUUAUCAAACAUGGACAAUUGCUGGGUUCCUGACAUCUAAAGUUCUCUUAGAGAAUCCAGAAAUGGCAUCAUUGUUAUUGUGGGAGGAAGACUAUGAGCUUCUUGAAAUCUGUGUUUGUGCACUUAGCAAGACUGGUCGAAAGAAGUGCUCUCGAGGUGCUGCGAAGUCGCAAAUUCUUGUGUAGGGCAAUGAACAUUCUGUCAAAACCGAAGUCUGGUUGUACUGUACAGCUCCAAGUUUAGAAAAAGCUUAUAUAAGAGGCGAUAAACAGCAAUUUUCAACUAUUUAAGAUGUAAAAUAUAUACCAGCAUUCUCUUACCUGUAAUUGUACAAAGUUCUUGUUUUUGUUCCUCCAGUUGAUUAGCUAAGCUGAUCGGUCUCUGAAAUUUAUAGGAGCUUUGAGGGAGCUUUAUGAAUUUGUAGUGAAGUUCCUUCCAUUGCUAUCUUAUAUCCAUUACUAAAUUCUUUUAAAAGUUUCAGUCUUAAUAACAUUUUAGCCAAGCUUCCAUUUGCA